UUGUAACACUCUGAACAUACAGAUACAGCACACACAUCUCCAACACACUUUAACUAAAGCAUUAAGAAUGAAGUUCAGAGUAGCAGUUCUUCUGCUUCUGUACAAAUGUCUUGUAUUCGCUUCGAAUGUCACAGAAUCUGCCGUCUCAGGAUUACCUUGUCCUUUGAAAACAUGCACAGAUGUACUGAAGGAACUAAAAGAUCUGGAAAUCAGACGUGCUAAAACUGAAGCUCAGAUUGAGGAAAUCAAAAAGGAAAAACAAGAUCUGGAAAUCAGACUGGCUAAGAGUGAAGCUCAGAUUGAAGAAUUCAAAAAGGAAAAACAAGACAUUGUUCCCAGGACCAGGAACGACUUCCUACAAUAUUCCCGUCUGCUCACUCUGGAUCUGAACACAGUGAAUAAAAACCUCCAUCUGUCUAAGGGGAACAGAAUGAUUACUAACCCUUACGUAGAGAGUCAGUCGUAUCCUGAUCAUCCAGACAGAUUUGAUGUGUGUCAGCAGGUGUUGUGUAGAGAGAGUGUGAGUGAUCGACGCUCUUACUGGGAGAUUGAGUGGAGAACAGAUGUGUGGAUAUCAGUGUCAUAUAAGAGCAUCUGCAGGAAGGGAGGGGAUGAGUGUUUGUUUGGAUUUAAUGAUCACUCCUGGAGUUUGAGCUGCUCUUCCUCCAGUUACUCAUUCUGGCACAAUAAGAUAAAGACUGAUCUCCCUGUAAAGCCCAACAUCAGGACAGAAGAAGUGAAUGUGAAUCACUAUAGAACAGGAGUGUAUGUGGAUCACAGUGCAGGAACUCUGUCCUUCUACAGCGUCUCUGGAGACACAAUGAUCCUCAUCCACACAGUCCAGACCACAUUUACUCAACCGCUCUAUCCUGGGUUUAGAGUGCGUGGUGGAGCAUUAAUGGAACUGAUUUGAUAAAUCAGAACAGGCUGUUUUUACCCAUAAUGCUUUGAGCUGAUGAUGAAUUAGAUGUUAUACAUUCCUCUAUGUUUGCAACAUGUUUUUUUCUGCAUUCACUGUAGUUUGGAUUCAGAGAGCCGCACAGUGACGAAACACGGCUGUUUGAGAUCUUGCUGUGCUUAUUUACAUUUACAUUUAUGCAUUUGGCAGACGCUUUUAUCCAAAGCGACUUACAUUACAUUAUACUAUACAUUUGUAUCUGAGUAUGUGCAAUCCCUGGGAUCAAACCCAUGACCUUGGCAUUGCUAGUGCCAUGCUGUAACCACUGAGCUACAGGAAAGCUUAUUCCAUUAAUUCAUGUAUCAUAUUGUACAAGGUUUAAAUAAUUUAAAUAAACAUAUCAAAUAUUA